AUAUUUUGUUUGUACAAGGUGUUCUGGAAACACUCGCAUCUUCUGGGGAGUAAACUACUGCAGAAUGUAAAUAAGUAAUUAAAUUAAAACAACAACAUCAAUAUUGCUCGUAAAUGUAAUACAUAACGGUUUAAAUUUAGUUAACAAUUGUUUUUUGUAUUUCUCAUUGCAUUUUGAAACUGGUUUAUUUUAUUUGCGGUGCUGUAUCCCCCUCCCCCCUCCAAACUGAUGGUUUGUCCCGUUGCCAAGGCUCCCUGCGGCCUCGGCAACUGCGUUCUGCGCCCGGCUGUGGAGAUAAGCGCAUCCCUGGAGCAGAAAACUGCCCCCCGGCCACCGACUGCCCCGGUGUGUGGAGACUGGAUCGGGCAGGCAACUCUAUAGCCCGCAGAAAUAUCAGAUCGUGGAGUCAGCACCCCCAGACCUUUUGAAAACGGUCUGUGGCAAAACAACACAGCGAGUGCAGAUACUGCUGAACCCCCCCAGAGCCGCGGAGAGGAGCGAAUCCAGAGAACAGGGAUUACUGAUCCGGGUUUCCGCUACUGAAAACUGGGUUCGAAAAACACCAUUUUUAACAAGGACGCGGUGUUCUCCGUCUAGACAGACAGUGCUGCUGUGCGAAGAUCCAGUCACACUCCGUCCUGCUCAUAUGGGGGAGCCCGGCAUGGACUCACUUGUUGAAUAGCUGUGCGCGGUAGGAUGUGAUUAAGACGUGAUGCAGAUACAGUCAACACACCGACCGAAGAAUCCGUAGAUGUCCCGUAUUGAGUCCAAUAUGGACCCAAACAUAGUUCAACAGUGUUGCUGUUAUUGUAUUGGAUACAGUGUACAACGUACGAACAAAAGGAUCUACAAUUUAAAAUCGCUACACCGACAAUUGCAACUUGAACCCCGCACCCAGAAUAGGCACAUCUGAUGCAAAAGGGAUUUUUUUUCAGUAACAUUACGAGUAAAUGGAACGUCGUUAUAUUUAAACAACCUCCAAGUAAAACUAACUGUGAGACCAAAAGUAUAAUUUAGAGCAGCUGUACAGUACUGUGUAUUCUGGAGAGUGAAAACAUAGCCUUAUUUGGGUAUCGGUUUGACUGUGACAGCUGCGCUACCAUCUCGUAAGAAUGAUUUUAGGAUUCAGCACCCCUGCCUAAAACUAAAGCAACAAACACUUAAACUGGCCUGUUGUGUUAAAAGGCGACUCGAAGCGUGUUUCAGAGCAAGCGUGGUUGAAUGAAGGGGUGUUUUAAAGUGACAAUGAGGGAUCCCAAGACACCUCGCCGCAUUCACCCUCACAAUCUGAGCGACUUGCACUCGCUAGCCCUCAGACAGGAAGCGUUUUUAUAAACUUGUGUAUUAAUAUAACAUUCUGGGCGCAGUAAUGCAUAUACUUAUUGCUGAAACUUAACAAACCCUCAAUUAAAAAAAUAAAACCGCUCAAGAAGUGAAUGUUACGGGUUUGUGAGUGUUCAACUACAGGUCUUUGUAUGCGCUAGCUUCAUGCACCAAAGGAUUCACUGCACUGAAUGUUUGCAAAGAUCUCUGUGAGGAGAGUUAAAUAAUUGAUCCAGUGUACGAGGACGGGCACGUCGAAUUAAUGUUUUAUAGAAGUGUGAACUUUAACGAGGGUACAAAUAAAACCACUGCUUAGUUGCGUAGUUUUUUUUUGGAGCUGGUAUAACCAAUCUCGAUAGAUCACACACCAUGGACUGUUCAUACAGGGUGCGUUUGUAGGAGGGUUUUCUGUAGCCCCAGCGCAGAAGACAUGGACAAUCCUCCACAGGAGCAAGCUGAGCUGGAUGACAUCCUCCAGAGGCUGAGGGAGGAUGCGCAGGAGCCCGGAGCAACGGCAGACGAGCGGCUGCGUCACCUGUGGCGUCUGUACCUGCGCAGCGAGGGCAGCCUGCGCGCCCUCGCUCAGGACCUGGAGGAGGUGCGCUUGCAACAGGUAGCUGAGAUGAAAGAGGUGGAGAACUAUGUGGAUCACAUCCGCAACCUGUCUGAGGAGCGCGAGGCCCUGACCGCUGAGUAUGAGCGAGAGAAUGAGCAGCUCCGUGGGGAACUGCAGCAGCUGAGGCUCGAGCAAGAGGCCCAUCUGAAGGAGGUGGAGGAGAUGCUGGAUCAGGAGGGCCUGGCUGAGAUCUCCCACAGCAGCCCCAGCGAGCAGAUCGCCUACCUGCUAGUGGAGAGAGCCACUCUCCUGGAGAAGCUGGAGAGCGCGGAGAGGAAGCUGGAUUCCCAGAGCUACACAGGCAGCCUGCGGGAGGUACAUCUACAGGAGGAGCUGGACCAGAUUCGACAGACACUUGAAGAGGAGCUUCGGCAGCAGAGAGAGUCCAUGCAGCGCACCAAAGAGACCAUGAACAAGGACCCCCUGUCCCCAACCACGAGCUCCUGGAAGAAGCUGUUUGGCGUCCGUACGGCAGCACAGGGCGCCCAUGCUGGUGCUUCAACCCAAGAUACCGAGCUGUCGAGUGAGCGGCGGCGGCGGGAGUGUGCGGAGCGGGAUCUGGAUGAAGCGUCUCGCCGGCUCUCCAUGGCGCACAAGGAGAUCCGCAGGCUGACCGACGAGCUGGACAUCGCCAGGAAGGCAGGCAGCGACCCAGAGCUACAUAGAGCACGUCAGGAGGUGGAGCAGCUGCGAGUGGAAGUGGAGGAGCUGAAGGAGAGCGACCUGCUGGAGCUACAGAAGGUGAAGGAGCACAACGUGAGGCUGGAUAAAGAGAUCCUGUCUCUGAGGAGCCGCGUGCGCUCGCUGGACUCAGAGAGGAAGGCCCUGCUCCAGACGGUGGAAAAACUGAAGAAGGAAGUGCAGGAAAACCAGGUCAGAGAGACUGUGUCAGAGCUGGAGUCUCAGCCUCUACAGUUGAACCAGACUGAACCCAAACUCCUCAGCCAGGAUGGCGCCACUGCCUCCCUGACACAGACAGCGUGUGCUGGAGACACAGAGAGCGGUGACCACCAGCAAAUCCAUGAGAGGUGUCGUCAGGAGCUGCAGGUCCAGGGCUUUCAGGUUCAAGAGCUGCGCAGGAGGCUGCUCAAGCUGCAGAGAGAGCAUGAGGAGUUGGGGGAGCGCAACGAGGAACUGGAGUCCAUCCUGGGAGAGACACAGAACCGAACCAAAGAGGAGAGGGAGCGAUUUGAGAGCGAGACUGAGGGGCUGCACAGGAAGAUCACAGGGCUGGAUGCAGAGCUGUCCAGACUGCGUAAGAAACAGCAGCAAUGGGAAGUGGAGGGCGUGGCUGUGCCCAGCUCUGAGAUGAGUGAUGCAGAGCAGGCCCUACAGCAGCAGCUGAAGAGCAGCCGGGACAGGGAGGCGGUGUUGGAGGGGUGUCUGAUGGAGGAGAAGGAGUGGAGGAAGCAGCUGGAAGUGGAUCUGAGUGCUGCACAGAGCGCACUGAAGAAGAGCAAGGAGGAGCUGCAGCAGUGCAGGGCAGAGAUGCAGAGUCUCCGUGCCUCAGUGGAGGAGAGCAGCGCCCUGAACACCAGCCUCACCCAGGCCCGGGAGGAGAGGACCCUGCUGGAGAGGAAGGUUUGUGAGCUGGAGCUGAGUGCAAAGCGGCUGGAGGGAGAUGUGGGGCAGCACAGGGCAGCCUGCAGCCUGGCCCAGGAGGAGCUGAGGGGGUGCAGAGAGAGGGAGGCAGAGCUGAGAGGAGAGCUGAGCAGAGCGGAGAGGGAACGCAGCCCAUUGUGGGGGGAGGUGCUGGAGAGCCGUGCCCAGGGGGCCUCCCUGCAGCAGCAACUGAGCGAAAGUGUGCAGGAGCGGCUGACAGUCCAGGAGGAGAGGCAGCGGCUGGGUCUGGAGCUGCAGAGCAAUCAAGAGCUGGUCUCUCUGAAGGUAGAAAUGGGUCGCCUGCAGUCCACCCUGGAGGAGGAGCGUCUCCUAGCCAGCCAGCACCAGCUUGCCCUGCAGGCUCAGAUAGGGGAGGGGCAUGGCAGGGCCAAGUCCCAGGAGAGCCUGCUCCAGCAGAUGGGGGAGGAGUGUCGGCAGCUGAAACAGGACCUGCAGAGAACGCAGAACCUGUUCUCCUCGGCGGAGAGAGAACUGCGAUACGAGAGAGAGAAGAACCUGGACCAGAAGAGACACAGCGCUCUGCUGGAGCAGGAGAACACCAAGGUGAAAGCUGAGCUGAAGCAGGCGCAAUCCCGGCUGGCAGGUGUGGAGCAGGCCAGCGCGUCUCUGAGUGCGGAGCUGGAGAGCAGCCAGCAUAGAGGCCGGGAGCUGGAGCUGGAGCUUCUGCACAGAACUGAGAGCGGCCGAGCCCAACUCAGCCUGCAGGAGGAGCUGAGGGCAGAGAGCUCCCGCCUCCUCAGCGCAGACAAGAAGGUCUGGGAGCUACAGCAGCAGCUGAAGGGAGCUCAGCACCAGCUGCACCUGGCAGAGACCCGGGUGCAGGAGAUGGAGCAGCUGCAGAGAGAGGCUCGAGAGAGCACGGAGAGCCUGGCCACGCUGAGAGGCAGACUCACAGAGGAGCAGCUCUGCAGGAAGCUGCUGGAGCAGAAGGGGGAGGAGCUGCAGCAGCAGCUGCGCUUGCUGAGGAAGAAGGAGGCAUCUCUGAGUCGCAGCAACACCGAGCUGAAUCACCGGCUGCACCAGCAGGGGGCGCGGUUGAGCGUGCUGGAGGAGGAGCACAGCACAGUAACAGAUGAGCGCCAGCACAGCCAGAAGACCAAUCAGAAUCUGUCUGACCAGCUGUUGUCAUGCCAACAUGAGUCAGAGAGACUCCAGGAGGAGCUCCGGCGAGUUCUGCACCAGCUGGACUCACACGUCAGACGGUACAGCGAGAAGCAGGCCAGGCACAAGGCGAAGCUCCGGCGAGCAAAGGAGUUUUUCUUGAGAGAGACCGUGGAGAGAGACGGCAGGAUCAGGAAGCUGGAGAAGGAUCUGACGCUGGCGAGGAGCCUGGCUAAGAAGGAACAGGAAUGGAUUAGGAAAUUGACAGAUGUGAAUGAGAAACUUCUGGUGGAGAAACGGGAGCUGUUGAGACGUCUGAGUGAAGAGGAGGAGUUGGGACAGACCUGCACUCACACCAUCUCCACCAGACAACACAGGUUGAACUGCCUGGAGGAAGAAAACAGGCAGCUCCAGGAUAGAACCCUGCGGCUGUCCAAUCAGGUCGGAGCGUUGGAGCGCGCUCUGAGGAGUGUCCAGUCUGUCUGCAGUAUGGAGGAGAUCAAAAAAGCCUUUCCCACUGAGAGCCUGCUUUUGAACGGCAGCCUUCUGCAGUCCAGCAACACCAGUCUGACCGCAGGGAUGUGUGACACUCUGGGGAUCCUGGAUGCAAUCCGCAGGGUGAAGGCCAGCGAGCCGCCUGAGAGCCUCAAGUCCUCCUUCUCCACCCUCCGCUCCCAGCCCUCUGACAUCGGAUACCUGAACGUGAGCUUCCCCUCAGCCAGGCCAGGCUCCCAUGACCCCGACGAGAGUCCAAGCCUGGGCAGUGACGAGGUGUGAGCCCCCUGGAGGGACAGCUGCCAGGGUACUAGGGACCAGGAGGGACAGCGGGCAGGCAGGAGGGACAGCGGGCAGGCAGGAGGGGCACCAGGCAGGCAGGAGGGACACAACGGGGAGGCAGGAGGGACCAGGUGGGACAGCGGGCAGGCAAGAGGGGCACCGGGCAGGCAGGCCUGUCUCUCCCAGACCUUCUCAACUCCAGGCUGGAAAUCGGCUCCCCUGGGCUGGAAAUAAAGCUGACAGGAGCCAAGCCAGUGGUCAGUUACUGUGGACUCUUGAGUUUCACUUCCACGACAAUCUGCCCUAAUUAGUGUUGAGAGAAAUGUAAUGAGCCAGUCCAGCUAAAGGAAUUAGUAAAGAUAUGCUUGCUGUAUAAAAACUGUAUGCAAUUUAGGAGACUCUACUAUGUAUAAUGAAACUGACAUAACCGUUGUCGAAGCAGCAAAUCAGCAGAACACGCCAGGCAUGCCCAGAAUAGCUCCUGCCUUUUAGACAGGUGUUAUAUUUAAAUGAUCAUGAUGAGAAAUUCUGUGUUUCUAUAUUUUAAAUGUUGGGACAAUCUGUGUGACUCCCAGUGUUUGUACAGGGAGUCAUUUCUGUUGGACUAAACUGAAGCACUUUCAGCAGAUAGGAGAAACUGCCUGCCCAGAUUUACAAGUAUUGAGAAGAAGGAUCUGUUAUUAAUCAAGUGAUUAACAGUCCAGCUUUAUGACUGAUUAGAAAGGCAGUAGUAGCCGUGUAAAAACAAGAUAAGAAGCAUUAUGGCAUGAGACGUUCUGUGAACUUUCAUGCCUUGUUGAUAUCUUCAUUGAUCAUGUUUAGAAAUGCUUUUUAAUAGAUCCUAGUUUUUAUUUCCAGAAAAGUUACAAUGAGAAGUGUUCUUAAUUUUCAUAUCACAAAACUGCCGAUAUCAGAUUUCAUCCUAUCAUGAACUGCUACCACUGCUUCCCCUCUAUUUAUUCAAAACAUGCUUGUGUUUUUGGACUGAAAUAGCAGUGUGUUGCCCCAGUCACAACUGUAAUAAGGAUACAUUUCAGAUAUGAUAAAUAGGAAACAGAAAAACACCUAUGAAAUACAAUCAAACCCACCUAAUAUCACUCCAGUAGAUGCCACCCUCUGGUAUUAUCACCCCGUUGAAAUGCCCCAAACACUAGAAUAUAAGGUGAGUCAAUGGGGACAAGCUCCUGAUAACAAUAAGCCAGUUUAUGUGUUGGUUUGUUUCACAUGAAUGAACAGUGCUUGUGAAACUUGGCAGGGAAUGCUCGUGAAAAUGUCCCAAAAAACAGUCUCAGUAGUCCGUUGGAGUGAUGAAGAGACUCGGGUGUUAAUACCCAUAAGGGAAGAGGAUAUGAUGAAUCAGCUUGAUACAGUGCACAACACCAACAUUGUUUAACCCACUCUCAAAAUAAAAUGUGUGGAAUUUUUGUGACUUAUUUCAACAAUACUAUUCAGUAUUGCAAUUCUUUAUUUAGCAGAAGCAGUCAUACAAGUACAGCACAAAUGAGGAUGCUGGAUCUGGUAUAACGAGAUACAAAAUAAGCUAAUGAAACAAAAAUGUGAUGCAAAAUAAAAGUACAGAAAUAAAGAUAGCCGUGCAUCUCUAAUAGCAGGACCCUCUUUAUAUCGCUGUUGUGCAGUUGUUGCUGGCGGCUGAGGUAGCUGUUCCUCUGCCUGGACUCCUCCUUACGGUCCUGGCACAGAUUGUGCAGGAUACAGCAGGCAGUAAUAAUUUGGGGAACAAACUCAUGGUUCACUUCAGUACACUUCAGUAGUAUCCGCCCCUCCCUUUCAGUAGCCCAAACGCCUGUUCAACCACCACUGAGAUUUGGCCCAGUUUAUUAUAAUAAAAUAGCCCCCCACCCACAGAUGAAAAGCAAUGUGGUCAACAACACUAAAACAAAGUAUUACAAAAACAGGCGCUAUCCAUCAGCAAAUCAGACCUUUAAUAACCAUUUAAGUCAAACACGAUGCCACGUGGAUUCUUUCUCGUGAAACUGUUCUCUGAUCAAGUAAACGGUAUUUUGGGGACUUUCACUGUUAACAGCACAAGAAUCUAAGUGGGCUGUCAGCAUGGCUAAUUUAAAUCUGCCCCCCCCUCUCCCUCGCCUUCAUUUGCAUAGUGUUCGGGGAGAAGUAAGCGUUUCAAAGGGAAAUGAGGGACCUUGGAUGUAAACACAAAAAGACACCAUUUAUUUAUUGAGAAACAGAUGUCUCGAGAAAAGUCAAACACAUGUAACUUGACCUAUUGUCCUUUCAGCUUGUGUCAAACUGGUUAAUACCCCACACACUCCUCAGUCAUGCAAGUGAUUAUUCAGCAAAAGCAUAAGAUUCAAAGUAAUAAAAUGUCUUGAUAUAUAACACAUGGUGCACAGUAUAAGAGAGAGCAUAUUUGUGCAUAUUUACAGCUUUCAAUUUGAAUUAUUACAAAGUACACUUUAAAUAGACUAUGCAGCUAUGGCCCAAAGUGUUGCGUCACCCUAUAGAAUUAUGAAAUCGAAUGAAACCUGCUGAAUAAUGUUACGUUAACAUGUUUAACUAACUACCGC